UAGAUGAGCUCAGCCACACUCAGACAUGCUCUUCAGCCCAGAGCUCGCUGAUCGGAUAUAACUAAUGGACAAAGUGAUGGACAUGGAGGUGGCGGCUCCUCCACCACCCUCUGCUGAACGCGAGGAGCAGUCAUUCGAAAGGAAUGCGCUGGCAUCCGAGGAAAACUCACAUUAUUUAAGAUCUGUGAGCAGCGAGUCGAGCUCAUUCAUCAUGGUUCAACCGAAAAGCCGUUUGGAAGCGCCGUCUAAGUUGUGGAUGACCAUGAUUAUUACCGUCAUGAUUAUUCUCCAAGUCGCUUCGACAACCGGACUCUUCAUUUACCUCAAUAUGUCCAUGGCUCAAGCCCGGAGUCAGGGUGUUUCUGAGGAGCUACGGUGUCUAGGGCUGCUGAAUGCUCUGGAAAAAGACCAGGAGGUGCCUGAUGGCCUGGUCCAGCUGUUUGGUGAACCGUGUAUCAAACUGGCUGAGGGAAUUAAGGCAUACAUCUCAAAGGUAACAGAAAACAUCAUCUCCCAGCACGUCUUUCAAGAAAGACAAACAGCCCCACCACGGACAACAUUUCUCACUGGUGGGAAUCCGCGCCCUUCUGCUCACCUCACUCUCCGAGACAGCGGACUACAGGGCCCUGUAUCUCUAACCCCUCAGGCAGACCUGCACCAGUCCUGCCGUCACCCUGUGCGUUCCUGGGGCAACCAGAGCUUCGGCUCCCACCUGCAAAACAUGACUGUCUCCAAUGGCCGCCUGCGCAUCCCUAAGGCUGGGCGCUACUACCUGUAUGCCCAGGUCUAUUUCCGCUACCUCACCCUGUCCAACAGUGAGCGGCAGUCCAGUUCUGAGAGUCACCAGGUGGUGCAGUGUGUGUACAAGAAGACAGCGUACGCGCGGCCCAUUCAGCUUCUGAAGGGAGUGGGCACGAAGUGCUGGGCGCCGGACAGUGAGAACGCUCUGCACUCCGUCUAUCAGGGAGGUCUGUUUGAGCUGCGGGCGGGUGACGAAAUCUUUGUCUCCGUGUCUUCCCCUGUGGCUGUGCAUGCGGAAGACUCAUCAAGUUACUUUGGAGCCUUCCGCUUUGACCUGUGACCUCUGACGUGGUGAGCGGCGGUCUGUUUUUUUUGUUUGGAUGAAAGACCAGUGGGUUCUUCUGAAGCGACCCAACAGAGGACUGUGAGAAAGACUGAAAAUGAGAGGAUUUAGGAAGCCAUGCAUGGCUUCCUGUUUACUCAGAAACCUCCAUGGAGCGAGCUCAAAUGACUCAAGACUUAACAACCAGCUUAAUGAUAAACAAAAGACACAUGCUUUUAUGAAAACCAGUUGGAGAAGUGUGUGGAUACCCCUGAUCCAGCAUGACAGCUGAAGUGAGGUUCCCUCUGAUCCCCUUUGAAAAUGUGCAUCAGGACCUCAAAUAAGCAGCUCUGUGGCAGGGAGGAUCUGGAGCUAGUGGGAAAGCAGCAGAGGAAUUUACUGAACUCUCUAUGUAUUAGGGCAGAUGUGAAGAGUGCUGCCAGAUGCAUGGAAAAAUCCAAAUGGAUAGACACACUAGGGACUUGGGCUCACAGCUGUUUGUCUCUUUCUAUGAUGGAGCCUCAAACAGCUAAAUGUACAGAAAAAAAGUAAGUUAAAAAAGCAAAAGAAGCAAACUGUGGCUAAUGGAUCUUAAUCAAUAUCAACUGGCACUCUAAAAUGGUUUAAUAUGCCUGUAUUCUUCAUAAUAUAUUCUUCCAAAAAAUAAAUAACGUAAAAAAAAACAUCAUCAAAUCAUUCUCACCAGUGGUGAAUCAUGAUUAAUAGAGCUUCAUUGUGGGCCAUAAAUCUGAAAACUCACUCAAAAAUGAGGAAAGAAUCAUUUUUGCGAUAAUGCUAAUUUCUUCUAGCGCUCCUGUGGAAUUCUAGUAGUAUGUUAUUGCUAAGCUAACAGUGAUUCACAUUAACAUUUUUUGCUCAUUCUAGAUUAAAUGUAGACAUGUGAAGCUUAUAAAAGACAUUCCAUGUUUUAUUUAAAGCUUAUAACAGACAUAUUAACUCGUAUUUUGUCUUGUAGUAGUUUUACAGAGACUCUUUCAGUAAAGAAUCCUGUUGGAGAGCUGCCGUUUUCCAUUUCUAACAAUUGACUGAAACUUGGUUAUGCUAUCACACAUACUCACAGUCACUGAUGUAUCUAGAACCUCCAAAAGGCCCAGCGUGACGUUUUCCCUCACAAAAUUUGUUCCACUAUUGGAAAUCACAAGGUGAUUGGUUUUUUCCACUCAGUACCUAAUUAUUUGGUUGGAAGUUACCGGUGUCAGAGCUUGCUUAGCUGUAUCCAUCCAGAGACUGCAAGAAAAAUUCUGAUUGGAUAAUUUUUCCUUGGACAUUGCAAGAAUUUAACCAAGUUAAUUAAUAAUUGUGUUACUACAAUAACAUGCUGAUUUUAUCAAUUAAAAAUGAACAAAAAAACGGUAUGUAUGUAUGUAUGAUGUAUUUUGUUUAUUUAACAGAAACUUUCUUUUAAGGCCUAGAAGGCACUGAGGGUUCCCCACUAAUUUAUUGGACACCAUACACAGCAUAUACUAUGUGGGAUAAACACACCAAAAAUGCAGUGCACUCAAUUUACUCAUUUCAAAUGUGUACAUAAUAUCCACAUGAAUCAAAUAUAUUACAUCAAUGCAUUAAUAAUAAAAAUAGGUCAUUACAAUGUUGGAAUCAAGUAAAUUCAGUGCAUUAUGUUUUCAGUGCAAG